AUGCUGCUGUUUCUCCCUUUUAGGCUGAUCCUGAGUGAGAGCCAAAGGCUGAUGUUUGAGAAGCUGGCGCUCUACUGCAACAGCUAUGCUGAGCUAAUCCCUGUGUCCUUUGUGCUGGGUUUCUACGUGGCUCUGGUGGUGUCCCGCUGGUGGGCUCAGUACGAGAGCAUCCCAUGGCCUGACCGGAUCAUGAACUUGGUCUCCUGCAACGUGGACGGGGAGGAUGAGUAUGGGCGGCUCCUGCGUCGUACCCUCAUGCGCUACAGCAACCUCUGCAGCGUGCUGAUCUUGCGCUCAGUCAGCACUGCUGUUUACAAGCGCUUCCCCAGCAUGGAGCACGUCGUGAGGGCAGGCCUCAUGACACCAGAAGAGCACAAGAAGUUUGAGAGCUUGAAUUCCCCCCACAACAAGUUUUGGAUCCCGUGUGUGUGGUUCUCCAAUCUGGCUGUGAAGGCAAGGAAUGAGGGGAGAAUCCGGGACAGCGUGCUGCUCCAAGGCAUCCUGAAUGAGCUCAACACCUUGCGCAGCCAGUGUGGGCGACUCUAUGGGUACGACUGGAUCAGCAUCCCCCUGGUCUACACUCAGGUGGUGACCGUGGCUGUUUACAGCUUCUUCCUGGCCUGCCUGAUCGGGCGGCAGUUCCUGGAUCCAGAAAAAGCCUAUCCCGGCCAUGAACUAGAUCUCUUUGUGCCCGUCUUUACGUUUUUGCAGUUCUUCUUCUAUGCUGGCUGGUUAAAGGUGGCUGAGCAACUCAUCAACCCUUUUGGGGAAGACGAUGACGACUUUGAAACCAACUGGCUCAUCGACAGGAACCUGCAGGUCUCCCUUAUGGCAGUGGAUGAGAUGCAUCAAGAUUUACCCAUUCUGGAGAAGGACCUGUACUGGAACGAGCCUGAUCCCCAGCCACCCUACACCGCAGCCACUGCUGAGUACAAGCGACCAUCAUUCCUUGGCUCAACUUUUGAUAUCAACAUGCAGAAAGAAGAGAUGGAGUUCCAGCCUCUGGAGCAAAUUAAAGAGAAUGAGGAGGCCAACCACUCCACACCAUUACUGGGACACCUGGGCCGGCUCCUCGGCGUCCAGUCGCCAAGCUUCUCCAGGUCCUCUUCCCGGAUGAACCUGCUGCGCAGGCGAGGAGACCCCACAUCCCCCUUCUCCCAUUAUACGUACCAAGACAUGGGCAAGUCUGGAAGCCCUUGCAGCAUCAACCAGCCAAGGGGAGACUCCAGCUCACAGGAACAGUGGGACAGCGAAGACAGGAAACUAAGGGACUUUGAUGCCUUCAUGUCAACCCCAUUUUAUGAGAGACCUGGUUUCUACAGUGCUCCACAGACACCGAUCAGCUCUAUCCCCAUGAUUUUCCCUUCUAGACGCCAAGGCCGUAAGAAGCCCCCAGCACUCUCCAGUAUUGCUGCGUGCUCGACUUCUCUUAGGGACGUCAUUGUCAACUCCUCACCUUCCAGAGUCAGUGAUACAUAUAAAAGCCAAAGCUCCCUUGGCUCAGGGGCAAGGGAAACAUUUAUUUGGCCAACAGAUCGGAGCAAAGGUCCUGAGUCACUGGUUUUAACAGUAGAAGAAGAGAGCAACUCUAACAGUAAAAGCAGAGAAGCUGCCACCACAGGAAGUCCAGGAGCUCAGUCCACAGCAUCAGAGAGUCCCAAGUUCCCCUUCUUGGCAGAGUCCCCAGACCACGAGAAGCAGGGUAGUUUCAAGAACCUCAAGAGCUUGAAAGCUUCCCACCCACCCUGGCUAACCCUGGAGAACACAGCAUCUGCCACUCCCAGUUCCGAGCAUUCAGGUGCCUUUCACACCCCCAGUAACAAAACCCCUGGAGGCAGUGCCUCCUUCUGCUUCUCAUUCACUCCUGUCACAUCUCCCGUACUGGAGAGAUCCCACAAGGGAAACACAGGCCCUGAAGCUCGCAGCCUAAGCUUAGAAGAUGCAACCGGCACUCCAGACCAGCAUCCAGCAGAGGUUUCCAGGAACAUGAGAGAUACUGGAAAUGGAAGCACUAAUAUUCCCCCUACAAAAGAGCAAAGAAGAGCAGAGAGUCCAUCCCCCAACGACUCUGGCAUCUCUCUAGCUGAAGGUGACUACGUGGGGCUGAUGGAGGUGAUCACGGAGACCAGCGAAAACGUGUGUGAAGAGCAGAUAGAUCAGUACAGCUAGAGCAGACCCAAGAGGCACACACAGGUCUGCUGAGAUACCUGCCACAUCAGCAGUAUCGCAGGAUCUUUACACUUGGCCACACUGGCACUCACCCAAAGGGCAGCACCGCCAAACCACCUCCUGCUGGGAGGUGCCACCAGAGCCCGGCCGAGGCUAAAGGCAGCGCCAAGUUCACACCGCUGCUGGCCUCAGGUACAACAGCAGGCACCUGCAGCAUUGCAACAGUAACAAAAGCCCCUCUACAUUUGUAGCAAGAGAACAAAUAAGACUGAGCAGUAAGUAUUGCAGACACAGCACAGCAACAGCUCAGCAGGCACCAACCUAAAGAGCCUGGAGCGCAGGUGUAGCCCCAAACCAGAAGAGGAAUAUAGUUAAUAUUAUUAUAUAUUAGCUUCUCAUCACAGCAAGAAUUGGAACUUCAGCUUUACAUCAAUAUUCAUCACAAGACCCAUCACAAGUCUCAGGCAGCACAUGCCCUACUGAAAAGGCACUGCAGGGAAAGUAAGGGACUGAAGCAAGUCAUGUCACUUCCCAAAGUCACGUCUAGCUGGUGUUUUCCAGUACUGGAGGAGUAAUGGAAUAAGGCAGCGCACAUGUCUACUCAGACAGGUGGCUGCAAUCAACUGUAUUUGCCCAGCACAUUGCUUCCUUUUGAAGUUACACAAAUCUGUCACCAAUUUGACACUACUCAAGGAAAUAAGAAAUCAUCUGGAUGGUAGCAGACACCCACCACACAGCUCUGAGUUUUUACUGUCUUCCCUAAGAAAAUAAAAGCAAGGCUCAAGUCCCAGGA